UUUGUCUUGCAACAAAAACCUGACAAUGUUUGCCCGUUAUGUCCUUUGCAGAGUGAAACUGAUACUGACAAGAAUGUUGCCAUUGAGUGCAUGGAUGGAUGUUUUGGGCUUGUGAGAAAAAAGUCUGCUGGUGCGAAUCUUUUACCUGCCAGACACAAUGGUACAUUUUUUGCCAAUCAGGAUGAUGUCGAUAGCUUUGUUGAUGACAACUCAAAGAAGGCAAAGCAAGCCCCUACUGAUUGCAAUGAAUUUAAAUCUGGUGAGGUUAGUAACAUGUUACGAUCCAAAGGAAGAAAUAAGCUUUUUGACGAGAAGGGAGUGUUUGGUAGAGUAUGCAGACAUGAAUACCCAAGGGGAUUUAUGAGUAUCAAACAUGGAGAAAGGAUAGCAUAUUCAGUGUAUGAGGUUAAAAAGCUUCUGUGUCAUUAUGAUGAGGAUACUGAUGUUAAAAUAAUGUAUGACAUUGCAUGUACUUUGUCUGCCCACCUAAAGAAAAACGAAGAGCAUACCAUUCUUGGACGCAUUGACUUGGCAAUUCCUGUUUUCCAUGCAUAUGGACAUAAAUCUUCUUGCCAGGUUGCUUUUGGUCCUAGAAGAAAGGAGGGAUUUGGCCUUACUGACGGUGAAGGAAUUGAAAGACUUUGGUCUUACCUCAGAGGAUUUUCAUCAAUGACAAAGGAAAUGACAGCUGGUCGAAGGGUUGACGUAUUAACAGAUGCGCUUCUUCACCAUGCAAGACAUUGUCUUCUACAGUUUGGCUAGUUGAAUAUUUCUGCCUUGGUGGAUUUAUGCCACCAAUAUCAUUACAGUAUUGGUAAUUUUUUUGCGACUAUAUAUUUGUAAUUCAAUGCU